AUGAACGUGGUGGUGUUGUUAUCGUUGGUAGCGGCAGUAGUGGGCGAGGCACCUUAUAACUUACCCCGGCCAGCACCUCAUGCGCCAGUCAUCAAUUACCAACCUAAUCCAGUCUGUACUGGAGGCUGUCCACAGCAGAUUCCUCAACCACAGGGUCCUCAAUAUCCAUCCAAUGGAUACAAUUAUCAAAGACCAAGCAGUCCUGUUAUAAUUCCUCCCGCCCCGGUUCCACAGCCUCAAUAUCCCCAACCAAUUAGACCGGCACCGCAACCUAUACCCCACUACCCGCAACCACAGCCUGUACCCCACUACCCGCAACCACAGCCUGUACCGAAUUACCCUCAACCAAUUAGACCAGCACCACAACCAGUGCCUCACUACCCACAACCACAACCCGUGCCUUACUACCCUCAACCACAGCCUGUACCCCACUACCCCCAACCAAUAAGGCCAGCACCACAACCUAUACCUUCCUACCCGCAACCACAACCCGUGCCUCAUUACCCUCAACCAAUUAGGCCAGCACCACAGCCGGUACCCCACUAUCCUCAACCCCAGCCUGCUCCUUACUACCCACAACCUCAACCGCAACCUUUACCCCACAAUCCUCAACCAAUAGCACCACAGCCGCAACCUAUUUCACCACCAGGCACAUCUUACGGAGUGCCAGCCCCCAUACAACCAUUCCAGCCUCUUCCCUCAGUCAUUCCUCAGCCCCAACCAGCUCCUAUCCUAUAUCAGCAACCACAAGUACAAUACCAACAGCAGCAGCAACAACAAGUACAAUACCAACAGCAAGAGGUACAACAGGUGCAGCAGGUACAGCAGGUGCAGCAGGUGCAGCAGGUGCAGCAGGUGCAGCAAGUGCAGCAGCAGGUACAACAACAACAGCCACAACAACUCUUACCUCAAGGAUACCUUUACCCACAAGGACAACCUGCCCAACAAGUGUCAGUUCAGUCUCAAGUCUCUCAAGAGUCGAGCUCCGCAGUGUCAAGUUAUCAGGCCGACUCCAUUCAGUACAACAACGCCCAACAAGAUCAGGUUCACAGAGAAGCUUUAGAUAACGUCGUUGUUGGUCGAGUACAAGAUGUUCUAAAGGACAGCGAACACUCAUCAGCUAAGGAGUCAGGAUAUGUAUCCCUCGUUUCUGGAGUGUCUUUGGGAGAAGCUAAGCCAAGCAGAGAAAUCUUGUCUUUUGUUCACAAUUCGCCAGUGUCUGGCCAAUCUAGUCAAAGCUCCCAAUCAUCUUCAUCAUCAUCAUCAUCAUCAGUAGAACAACAAAAUGAUUCUUCGGAUUACAGUCUGUCAUCCGAUGAAUUAAGGGGAGCAUUCUUGCCGGAAAACAAACCGGCCGCAUCAUACGGUUUACCAAAUUAA